GCAGAUCAAAUCAACUAAGCCACAAACAGAGCCUAUCAUCAAUCAUCUCUCUUUGAUUACAAGGUCUAAUUGCAAGUAGUCGCUCUAGUUUUAUCCUUCACACUCAUGUUUACCCAGUUAUCUGAUCCCUUCCCACUUCAAUCAAGCUCCUUUUCUAUUGACAGCAACCAACCCUCUCCACUUUCCGACGCCAGCAGUGCCGCUGCCAACUGCAGUGCUCACUCCGAUAAUGAAGAACUGCUGCUAGCAUCGAGCCAUCCCAAGAAGCGAGCAGGGCGCAAGAUUUUUAAAGAGACUCGCCAUCCCAUUUACAGAGGUGUCAGGAAGAGGAAAAAUAACAGAUGGGUUUGUGAGUUGCGAGAGCCUAAUAAGAAGUCACGUAUAUGGCUUGGUACGUAUCCUACUCCUGAAAUGGCGGCUCGAGCACAUGACGUAGCUGCGUUGGCACUUAGAGGAAAAUCAGCUUGUCUUAACUUUGCAGACUCUGCAUGGAAGUUGCCGGUGCCUCUUUCGACGAAGGCCAGUGAUAUUAGAAAUGCUGCACAUCAAGCAGCGGAGUUGUUUCGAACUCAAGAAUUUAGUGGUGAAGUAACAAUGCAAAAUUCAACAACAAAUUCUGGAGAAGAGGAUGCUGAUAAAGCUUCAAGCAGUGAUCAGAAACAUGAACAUGCCACGUAUAUAGAUGAAGAAGCUGUGUUUGACAUGCCAGGUUUACUUGAAGAUAUGGCAAAAGGGCUUCUACUUUCGCCUCCACGUUACGGAGGGACUGAUUGUAUGAGUUGGAAUGACGUGGAACCUACUGAUAUUGACGUGUCUUUAUGGAAUUUCUCAUUUUAAUGAGUGAGUUGGCCUCAAUAGGCUUUAUUCAUGUAUAAAUGCUACAGAGUUAGCUUGUGAGAAUAUGUAGGAAAUUUUUCUCUGUUGAAUUGUGAGUAUUAAUUAGAAUAAAAUUUUGUGUAAUUGCAACAGUUAAUAUAUAAAGUGACUAAA